CGUACCAGUCCGUGUUGCGCGUCUGCACACUCAACUUUUUUUUGUCCUGAUUACAACUCCUCUGCUGCAACUCUCACUUUUUACUCCCAGCCGGCAGCGGAGGGAUGUUCUCUGGAAGGAGGAGGAGGAGGUUACACCCGAGCUGAACAUUUUCACCUUGGGAAGUUUGGGAGUCAGGCUGAUAACUUCUUCCCGGGGAGUUUGUGAAUGGAGGGAGACUUUUACGCAUUGAUUUGAGUGACGCAGGGUGAGAUGUUUUAAACGGAGGAAAUAAAAACUCAAAUCGACAUUUCCACCUAUUCUGAUUUUUAAUGGCAAGGGAUCGUUUUAUGGAAUUCUCACUGAUCGAUCAGUGAAACUUUCUGGAACUUCAGCAGCGAACUUCAUCACUCCUUCCCUUCUUUUUUAAAAAUCUUCCAACAGCCUUUUUUUUCCCCAGGAUCAUUACUUCAGCGGUGUCUUUCUUCCCCCCCUGCGGAUUUUCAAUUAUCCUCGCUUUGGAAGUAAUCUGAGUGGAUAUCAUGCCUCUGGAGAAGCGCGCCGCGCCGUGCCGGCUUUGGGUUCUGGCUGCGGCGCUGCUGCUGUGCGCUGCCUCGGUGACUGGAUGCCCACACAAGUGCAGCUGCUCCGGAUCCCAUGUGGACUGCCAGGGACUGGGUUUGAAGAGCGUGCCGAAGGGAAUACCGAGGAAUGCCGAGCGCCUGGAUUUGAACAGAAACAACAUUACCAGAAUCACUAAAGUGGACUUCUCUGGCAUCAAGAACCUCAGGAUUCUUCACCUUGAGGAUAACCAAAUCACUGUCGUUGAGCGAGGAGCCUUCCAAGACCUCAGACUGCUGGAGAGACUUCGCCUGAACAGAAACAAACUCCAGGUCCUCCCUGAGCUUCUCUUCCAGUCCAACCCCAAACUUGGACGACUAGACCUGAGCGAGAACCAGAUCCAGGCAGUUCCAAGGAAAGCUUUCAGAGGAAUCACCAGUGUCAAAAACCUGCAACUGGACAGCAACCACAUCAGCUGCAUCGAAGAUGGAGCUUUCCGAGCGCUGCGCGAUCUGGAGAUUCUCACCCUCAACAACAACAACAUCACCCUCAUCCCCCUGUCCAGCUUCAACCACAUGCCCAAGCUGCGGACACUGCGUCUGCACUCCAACAACCUCCACUGUGACUGUCACCUGUCCUGGCUCUCUGAUUGGCUCAGAGCCCGUCGAGGCUUGGCACCCUUUACCCAGUGCAUGGCCCCCGCCCACAUGAGGGGCCUCAACGUCCCUGAUGUGCAGAAGAAGGAUUUUGUCUGCAAUGGUCCAGCACAGACAGAACCAAGAACGUGUGUCCCUCAGAUAGCUGUGUGUCCACCCACCUGCAGCUGCAACAACAACAUUGUGGACUGUCGUCGUAAAGGUCUCACUGAAAUACCAGCCAACCUCCCUGAGGGCAUUGUGGAGAUACGUUUGGAGCAGAAUUUGAUUAAAAGCGUCCCUGCUGGAGCCUUUUCUGCCUACAAGAAACUCAAGAGAAUUGAUUUGAGUAAGAACCAGAUUUCUGACAUUGCAGCCGAUGCUUUCAGCGGCCUUCGCUCACUCACUUCACUGGUGUUGUAUGGCAACAAGAUCACAGAGCUGCCCAAGGGAUUGUUUGAUGGACUGGUUUCCCUGCAGCUACUGCUACUGAAUGCCAACAAAAUCAACUGUUUGAGAGUCAACACCUUCCAAGACCUUCAGAACCUCAACCUGCUGUCACUGUACGACAACAAACUGCAAACAAUCAGCAAAGGAUUGUUCGCCCCUCUGCGCUCCAUCAAGACUCUUCAUCUGGCACAGAAUCCCUUUAUGUGUGACUGUCACCUCAAGUGGCUGGCGGACUACCUGUUUGACAACCCUAUUGAGACCAGUGGAGCUCGCUGCAGCCAUCCCAGAAGGUUGGCUAACAAACGCAUCAGCCAGGUGAAAGGAAAGAAGUUCAGGUGCACAGGUCAGGAGGACUAUCGUAGCCGCCUAAGUGGGGAGUGCUUCCAGGACCUGGUGUGUCCAGAGAAAUGUCGUUGUGAAGGCACUGUGGUGGACUGCUCCAAUCUCAAACUGACCCGUAUACCUCCACACAUCCCUGAACACACCACAGACCUGAGGUUAAACGACAAUGAGAUUGCCGUGUUGGAGGUUACGGGGAUGUUUAAGAAGCUGCCAAACUUGAGAAAGAUCAACCUGAGCAACAACAAACUGAAGGACAUUCGUGAAGGGGUGUUUGAUGGAGCAGGCGGCGUUUUGGAGCUGUUGCUAACCGGGAACAAGUUAACCGGACUGCAGGGAAGAAUGUUCAAAGGCCUGACUGGCCUGAAAACUCUGAUGCUGAGAAGCAACCAGAUCAGCUGCAUUGACAACAGCACAUUUACGGGUCUCAGCUCUGUUCGUCUGCUCUCGCUGUACGACAACCGGAUCUCCAGUAUCGCCCCAGGAGCCUUCUCCACUCUGCACUCCCUGUCCACCAUUAACCUCUUGUCCAACCCGUACGUGUGCGACUGUCAUUUGGCCUGGCUGGGUCAGUGGCUGAAGAAGACGCGUGUGGUGAGUGGAAACCCUCGAUGCCAGAAGCCAGCCUUCUUGAAGGAGAUCCCCAUCCAGGAUGUAGCAGCUCCAGAUUUCACAUGUGAUGGUGCAGAGGAUAAUGGUUGUCUUCCUGCGUCUGGUUGCCCUGAUGUCUGCACGUGCUCAGACAGCGUGGUGCGCUGCAGCAACAGAGGGCUGCACUCUCUACCCAAGGGCAUUCCCAAGGACACCACCGAGCUAUACCUAGAGGGUAAUAUGCUGACAUCUGUGCCCAAGGAGCUAGCAGCCCUGAAGCAGCUGUCACUGGUGGACUUAAGCAACAACAGCAUCAGCACACUGGCCCCGUACACCUUCAGCAACAUGACUCAGCUGGCCACACUUAUCCUGAGCUACAACCAGAUCCGCUGCAUCCCGGUCCAUGCCUUCGACGGACUCAAGUCACUCCGCCUGCUCACUCUCCAUGGUAACGACCUUUCAACAAUACCUGAAGGAGCUUUCAACCACCUCACUGCUCUGUCUCACCUUGCUCUUGGUGCCAACCCUCUGUACUGUAACUGUGACCUGCGUUGGCUCUCUCAGUGGGUCAAGGCUGGCUUUAAAGAACCUGGCAUUGCUCGGUGUACGGGACCUCCUGACAUGGCUGACCGGCUGCUGCUCACCACACCGCUCAACAGAUUCCAGUGUAAAGGUCCUGUAGAUAUCAGCCUGAUGUCAAAGUGCGCCCCCUGCCUGGCAGUGCCCUGCCAGAACAAUGGCACCUGUGUUUCUGAUGCUACUGGGUCCUACCACUGCACAUGUCCACAUGGAUUCAAGGGUCAAAACUGUGAAAUCCCUAUCAAUGCCUGCAUCAGUUUCCCUUGCUCUAAUGGAGGAACCUGCCAUAUCCAGCCUGGACUAGGAGACCACUUCAGCUGUGUGUGUCCACCAGGAUAUGAGGGCCAGCGCUGUGAGAUAAACCCAGACGACUGUGAAGACAAUGACUGUGAGAACAACUCCACCUGCGUCGACGGAGUCAACAACUACACCUGCAUCUGUCCACCCAACUACACCGGUGACCUGUGUGAGGAGGUGCUUGACCCUUGUCUCCUUGGUUUUGACCCCUGCCAGCAUGACUCAAAGUGUGUCCACAUUGGCCGCAGCUACAGGUGCGAGUGUUUACCCGGCUAUGUGGGUCAACACUGCGAGCAGGACUAUAACGACUGCCUGGAGAACAAGUGUCAGCACGGGGCCGAGUGCGUUGAUGCCGUCAACGGAUAUACCUGCGUGUGUAAGGAGGGGUUCAGUGGCCUGUUCUGUGAGAACCCUCCACCAAUGAUCUUGCUGCAGACCAGCCCCUGCGACCAAUCAGACUGCAAGAACGGAGCCCAGUGCUUGGUGGUUUCUGGGGAGCCAGUCUGCCGUUGUAUGCCCAGUUUCUACGGCAGCAAGUGUGAGAAGAUGGCCACCGUUCACUUCCUGGGUCGGGAUGCAUAUGUGGAGCUGCCGGGCACUAAGCUCCGCCCCUCUGCACAUAUUUCAUUACAGGUUGCUACAGAUAAAGACAAUGGGAUUUUGUUGUAUAAGGAAGACCACGACCCACUGGCACUGGAGCUCUACCAGGGACACAUAAGGCUCAUCUACGACAUCGCCAAUUACCCACCUACCACUGUUUAUAGUGUGGAGUCUGUGAAUGACGGCCUUUUCCACACAGUCGAGCUGCUGAUCCAGAACCGCUCGCUGAGCCUGGUGGUGGAUAACGGCGCCCCUAAGAGCCUGGGCAAGCUAGCCCGCCAGCCCUCUGUUGACCACAACACCCAGCUUUACAUAGGAGGUGUGCCAGCUCAGGUGGUUGCCUCAGGUCUACGGCCCGGCCCUGAACGUUCCCCUCAAGCUUUUAAUGGCUGCAUUCAUAACGUCCGAAUCAAUGGAGAGCCUCAGGACCUGAGCUAUCGAACUGCAGGAGGAGCACGAACACAAGGGGUUGAAAGCAAGGGUGAUGGUAUUCUUGCAGGGUGUCACUCCUGCAGUGUGUGUGCCCAGGGUGCAUGCAGGGAGGGAGGAGAUACAGGCGUAACAUGUGAUUGUCCUCCAGGACGCACCGGAACCCUGUGUGACCAGACGACAGCACCGAGCCCCUGUCAGAACAGCAGAUGUGUGAAUGGUCAGUGUGUACCAAAGGCUCAGUCCUAUAGCUGCAAGUGCAAUGAAGGCUUCCAGGGUCAGUACUGUGACAGACGGCAAGAGCCUCCAGCCUGUAGGGGGCAGCGCUGUGGUCAUGGAGAGUGUCGUGUUUCUGAGGGAGGAGAGCCCGUCUGCCACUGUCAUCCAGCUUACACAGGGCCUACAUGUGAUACAGCGCUUUCAUGCCAAGGAGAGAUGGUGAGGGAGCAGCUGAAACGCCACCAGCCGCUGAGAACAUGUACAUCCACCAGUAAGAUUCCCCGCAUGGAUUGUCCACGAUCCUGCCAGGCAGCAGCACCCCCAGGCGUCUGCUGUGGCGUCACAAAGACCAGGAGGAGGAAGGUCAUUUUCCGCUGCACUGACGGCACCUCGUACUCAGAGGAGAUGGAAACUGCCCUGGAUUGCGGCUGCUCCAAGUGCCCGUUGUAACAUCACCCGCAUUUGCUAGUUUGUUUUGCAACACUCACCGCUGCCAUUUUGUGAAUUCCACACGUCCAAGAGGCUGUCGCUCUAAGAUUUUUCCACACAGAGGAGCACACCCGUCAUUUUUUUUUAACACCAUUGCCAAUUUUGGUUCCAGGAGAAACCACAAACAGAAACAGAAAUGGGACAUGUGUGCGUGUGUUUUUGACAGAGAGAAAAUAUAUUGUAAGAUAUAAGUGAAAAACAUAGAACUUAUUUUUAUUAUGGAUUUUUUUUCUCUAAAAGAUGACAAAAGGACUGAAGUUGUUUUUUAAUAUGUUGAAUAUAUAUUGUGUUACAUAGUAUGAAAAGUUAUUUUGUACCUUGUAAGGAGAGAAAAUACACAGUAAAAUAGAUUAACAUUCCUUAAAAGUAUAUGAAUUUAUCUGUAUAAAUCUAUAUAUAUAUGUACCCUAACCCAAUGAAUUUUAUAUUUUCAAAGUGUAUUUGCAUGAUGUAAUGUGAGGGCUGAAGUUUGGGAAGCUUUGGACACUGAAAGAGGAGAGCAGAGAGAGUCUUCUCCUUUCAUCAACAGAAAAGAUGACCAUCGUUUGUUGCUUUCUCUUGGAGAAGAAGGGAACUGUAUGUGCCUAGCUCACCUGUUCGCCAUAUAACGGACAUCAUCCUCACAUGUGAGCUUUUGGAGAAUCCAGAAGAGACUCUGUCAACAGAGAUGAUCUAACACUUUGUCCUAAUAAUGUUUCUUUUGAUAGUUUGCUGUUAAAUGCCAGACAUGAGGUACACACGAAAACUGACAGAAACUCUUUAUUUAGAAUCUAACGUAAUAAAAAAGUCAAGAUCAAACCAUCAAUAAAGAAAUAAUUCUGUAAAGCCAGCAUCCAGCCCAUGAGCAGAUAUUGAUACAGUCAACAUGAAAAGUUUUUUUUUUCUUUUACUGCCAGACUCAAAGCAGUGUGAAAAACACUGAAAUGUGCCUCAUUUCUUCUAGUAGUUGGAAAUAUGCUACCGCACACAAAUCACACAGUCAGUACGUCUACAUGCAUGUUUAAAAAGGCUGAAAUAUUGUGUUAGACUCUUAAAACAAAUGUUAACUUGUUAGUUCUUGUUAGUAGGCUAACUGAAUCUCUCAGAGAUUGACUAACAUACCCAGAUAAUAUUCUGUAGGUUCUCUUUCAUCCAUACGUUUUUAAAGAGGGUAAGUGGACUUUGUUCUGGUUCGAGGCAAUACUGGACUAUGAAGCAAAUUUGGUUGUGGUAUUUUUUAUGCCAACCAGCCUUUUACUUCUGAUCAAACAUGAAAUAUCUCGCUGUUCCUGUGGCGCCUUGAGUACUGCCACCAAAUUAUUCCCACACACUAUUGCAAAGCUGAGAAGUAAACACGAUAGAUUAAUGGAUGUAUGUGUUUUCACUGACUCUCUUGUUGUUGGAGGUGAACAUGGCGACAAGUCGAAGAAUAUAAAAAUAAGCUGUCAUGUAUGGGAGCAUAUUCCAGCCUUGCUCCUGCACUGGCCUCCUGAUGGUCACUGCCAGGCCUGCACCAGGCCUGUCUCUCCAGGUAUCCUCCCAGCUGCCCCCUCCACAACGCACACUGUCACCCCCAGCAUCUGGACCAGCACACUGGGUCCUGGGAAUCCAGUAUGCGGUGAACUGGAUCAGGCCUUGGGAAGUGUGCCAGGUACCAUAAAAGUGCAGCUGCUGUUCCCGUAUCAGGCAGCUGACCCUUCCAGUCUUUACCCUCCUUAGCAACAAUACCCAAAGAUGUGCCAAAGAGAAGUUAUCACAAAGGUGUCCAGUUGGUGCCUUUGGCCAUCAGUCAGUCUCCAGGCCUCACGACAGUAUAGUAAGACCACUAGGACCAAGGACUGAAAGACUCUGACUUUCGUCCAUAUGCUCAGAUGUAGGAAACGCCACACAGCAUAAAUCAUAACAAAAAAAAAAAAAAUCAAACACCAAAAAAAUGCCAUGUAUGCCAGAUUCCCAGUCUAGCGUUGGUUUGAGAAGCUGUUUGCCUCUACUCCAAAAGGCUUUUCACACCUAGAUAAUGUGGUUGGAGAUUGAUAAACUCUUGCAUAUGGACAUGUCAGUUGGACCCAAACUAGACUAGGCCUUCUGUGCAUGCUUCACAAACUCCACAUCAAGCUUUGACCCAGAAGUUGAACAGCGUAAAUGCCAAGCAUAGCAGAUACAGUCAUCUGCCUUUGGAUAAUACUGGGGUAUGGCCUCUUAUUAUCUCAUCUUAUCUUAUUUGGUCCAAAAGUAAAGCAUAGAGCGUGUCCACGUUUUCACUGUUCGACAAACAACCAGUGCUUGCUAACUUGUUAGCACAGUCAGUACGAAGAAGGUCCAUAAUUGGCUUGAAUUGAAUUGAUCCUUACCAAGCUAUCCACAUAUCUCAGCUUUACUCUGCAUGUAAACGUACUGAAUGAUGUCACAGUGUCACACUGAGUACAAAUCACUGCCGCACUGCAGCCAAUCAGACAUAAAUAACUGAUGUCAUAUAAUCAAACAUAAGAAACACACUCAGCUUUCUAAAGAGAUAAUCAACACAAGACAGUUUUCUUUAUAAAUAGGAGAGCUGUUAUAAAUGAAGCCUUAUGCCAAAGCUCAUUGUUUUUGCCUUAACAGACAAGCAUGUCAAAUUAUUCAGAGUCCAUGUACUUACACAGAUUUAAGUGCCUAGGUGUAUGCGUACACUUGUUUUAAAAAAAAGUUGUUGCAAUGGUGGGAGCUGCUUUUUGAAGGUUCAGUUACAUGUGGAGGUUGACAUCUGUUUCAAAGUCAACACAAUUAAAAUACGCUUAACUUCCCAAAGGAAAAUGUUGAUUUUAUUAUUUAACCCUUCCUACUGCGCUGAUCAGGAUGUCAAGGCAGGUAAAUAAAAAAACCUUCAGAAGCCCUUAAUUCCUAAAAAGUUUUUUUAUUGUAAGGACCAAUUAAUGUCCAGUCUGAUAACAGAAACCUCCACAUGAAGUACACAAAGCAGCUUCUAUAACAGGUGAA